AUGCCGGCCUCAUCGCGAUCCACCGGUGCCUACUCUGGGUCAAGGAAAAGAGCAGCCGCAGCUUGCCAUGCUUGUCACGCUCGCAAAGUUCGCUGCAGCAUCUCACAGACAGGAAGCCCCUGCACGAACUGUGCCCUAGACAACGUCAGCUGUCAAGCACGUUCUAGGCAGCCUCAAAGCGCUGCCCGAACACGGAGAGGCCAGAAUCUGCCAAGGGCACGGAGUGACGUCGAGUCCAUCGCCCAGGACCCGGCAAGCCAUGAUAAGCCAGUCUACCGUCCAUUCACUGAUCACUUCGGCCAUCACUCACAAGCUCAGGAAUCUGACAUGGCAACCCCACAAGUCCAAUCAGCUCUAUCACCAGUGUAUGGUGACACUCAAGGCAUUGCUCUUGUUGCCGAUCUUUGCGAGCCUGAGCGUCCCGACAAAAGUGGUCAUUUCGUCGUUGCAGCCCUAAGCUCGACGAAUAUCGAUUCUGAAACGAACGACUACUUAAGAAAAAGAGGCUGCUUUGAUUUACCAGCUCUCGAAAUCCAACAAUCACUGGUGGAGGGGUACUUCCAUUACGUACACCCUUUUUUGCCCGUCAUACAUGUUUCUUCAUUCCUCAAAACCUUUGAAAGCUCAGGGCAGAAUGGGGUGUGCCUCCAUCUUCUCUGGAGUGUGUUUCUGGCAGCAGCAAAUUUUGCUGACGCUGCGACCGUGCAGUCAGCUGGGUAUGAAUCGAGGAAGGAUAUGAAACGGGCAAUGUUCUUACGUGCAAAGGCAUUGUACGACGCAAACUACGAACGGUCCAAGAUCGCCCUGAUCCAAGCGGUGCUGUUGAUGGGUUUUUGGUAUUCAGACACAGAAGACAGGCUUGGGCCGUGGCACUGGAACGGCAUUGCCAUCAGCCUUUGCCAGACUGUUGGGUUGCAUCGUGAGCCUGAUGCAAGCCUCAACCACUCUCAGUAUCGAUCAUCCAUCGAUCGGGAUUUGUGGAAACAUCUGUGGUGGUGCUGCUUCUUCCGAGAAACGUGGUUAUCCGUUGGCAUGGGACGGCCGAUGCGUAUUAACUUAGCACACUCCGAUACACCCAAGCCAGAUUCAAAAGCCUCUGAGAGCUUGUAUACUGAACUAACAGAGUCCCAGCGUCGGCAGUACAUCCCAGAGGACCCCGAGAAUUUAUUUCUGCUAUGGGAUGAGUUGCUCUCUGUCACCAGUAUUUUGUCAAGGAUUCUUUCUGUCCAACACCUCGCCAAGCGGACUCUUUCGACACACUCGGACGUGGAUGAUCUGGAAAGCGAGUUAAGAGGACAUCACAAGCACCUGGAUUAUCUCAGAAGUAGAGCUACCGAUCCAGUUCUCACUCUUCACAUGCACCAUUUCGAAUUGUUCUUCGAGUAA